CUUCCAUCUUCGUUCCUGUUUCUCAAAAAAAAAAAAAAAAACCCCAUUUCCUUGUUCCUCCGCCAAAAAAUGACCCCAUUUUUCGACCACUCCUUUCUCAUCCUCACCCAGAAACGACCCCUCUUUCUCAUAUCACCCACAUCCGACGACGAGGCGGAGAGAUCCGGCGACGAGAUUCGGUGACGAUGGAGGAGAGAUCGAGAGGCGGCAACUGACAAAACGAUUUGUUCCGUUCUUAUUUCUUUCUGCAUGUACAAAGAAGAUCCCUUUUCUCCCACCCUAUCUUCUUCCUCUCCCUCUCUCGGCCUACAAAACGAUUUGGGUAAACCCAAUCCAAAAAAUAAAGCAUCGAUUCUGAUGAAAGGAGAUAACCAGAAAUGGCCGUCGACAUCCUUGCCGACGAUCGACGGUGAGGAGUUUCUGUGUUUUGUGAAAAGAAGAACAAAGAAGGAAUGGGGAAAAAAAGAACGAAGAAGAAAGAUAAAAGAGAGAUGAUGCAAAUAAAAAAAAUAAAAAACUAAGCCCACUCAGCGCUUUCCCUCCGAUUUGGAGGGUAGGGUAAAACAGUGUUUUUUCCCUCCCAUUUUCUUUCCUCGCGCACUGUUCCUCCCUUCGGAAACGGAGGAAAAUGUUUGGGAAUUUCAACUUUCCUUCGCCUUUUUCCCUUCCCCUCCUUUUCCACUCUUAAAAAAC